GUUCAUCAAAAGUUUAGUUUUGCUCAAGGACAGGGAAGUAAGUGUGUAUGUGAGGCGUGGGUUAUUAUCCCUCCUCUAAUCUCUUUAUCUUGGCCUGGCCGAUUGCCUGAACGCUUCUGCUGCGUUCUGAAAAAACUUUGCACGUUUCUUUGUGUGUAUUUAAAAGUUGUUUUGAGUGUUAAAGACAGGGGGUAGGGUUCACCUCUGUUUCAUGGGCGAUGGAUUCACUGGGCAGACUGCGGCUGUAGAAGACCUCAUUGGGCACGUUAUCAUCUGACAGCAGAGAAGCACCUGAUGGCCAGGGUGGCGCCGCUAGACCCGCCCAACCUGGGUCUUGAGGAUAUGGAAGGCGAGUCGGACUUGGCUGUGGCGGACAGGCGUGUCAAACUUUUGUUUAACAUCAACAACAGCAACAACAAGAAGGAAAAGAAGAAGAAAAAGAAAGAGAAGAAAAACAAGGAGAAGAAGAAAGAGGAGAAGGAAGAGAAGGAGACGAAGGAGGCAGUUGUGCAAGAGAUCACUGUCGUGGACCCGGCAGGAAACACGUAUUAUCACUGGCUGUUCAUCAUCACGGUUCCUGUUAUGUACAACUGGACCAUCAUCAUCGCCAGGGCUUGCUUUGAGGAACUGCAGACGGACUAUGUGCUGUACUGGUUCCUUUUGGAUUUUUGCUGCGAUUUGCUGUACCUCGCCGACAUGGUCUUCAGAACUAGGACGGGCUACCUGGAGCAGGGUCUUCUCGUGAAGGACCAGCAGAAGCUGCGUGAGCGCUACUCGAAGAGCUUCCAGUUCAAAUUGGACCUGCUCUCUAUGAUCCCUACUGAUGUUCUGUAUGUUAUUCUUGGCCUCAACUACCCUGAGAUCCGCCUCAACAAGCUGCUGAGGUUCAACAGGAUGCUGGAGUUCUUCCAAAGGACUGAGACCAGAACUAGCUACCCUAAUGCGCUGCGAAUCUCCAACCUGGUCAUGUAUAUCGUCAUCAUCAUCCACUGGAAUGCCUGCCUCUAUUACUCCUUUUCCAAGGCCAUUGGUUUUGGUUCGGACAGGUUUGUUUAUCCUAACCCGGCAGAUCCAGAGUUUGGACGCCUGGUAAGAAAGUACGCCUACAGCAUGUACUGGUCCACGCUGACGCUCACCACAAUCGGCGAAACUCCACCCCCUGUCGAGAACUCUGAGUACUUCUUUGUGGUCACCGACUUUUUGGUAGGUGUGCUGAUAUUUGCCACCAUCGUGGGUAACGUGGGCUCCAUGAUCACCAACAUGAACGCUGCCCGCGCCGACUUCCAAGCCCGCAUCGACGCCAUUAAGCAGUACAUGAGCUUCCGCAAGGUAACCAAGGACCUGGAGAAGCGCGUCAUCAAGUGGUUCGACUUCCUGUGGACCAACAAGAAAGCGGUAGACGAACGGGAGGUGCUCAAGUUCCUUCCAGACAAACUGAGAGCGGAGAUCGCCAUCAACGUACACCUGGACACGCUUAAGAAGGUGCGUAUCUUCGCCGACUGCGAGGCGGGGCUGCUGGUGGAGCUGGUGUUGAAGCUACAGCCUCAGGUCUACAGUCCCGGGGACUACAUCUGCAAGAAGGGCGACAUCGGUCGUGAGAUGUACAUCAUCAAGGAGGGAAAGCUUGCCGUGGUGGCCGACGACGGCAUCAAACAGUUUGUGGUCCUCAGUGAUGGAAGCUACUUUGGGGAAAUCAGCAUCCUGGCCAUCAAAGGCAGUAAAGCAGGAAACAGACGGACAGCAAACAUCCGGAGCAUCGGUUACUCCGACCUUUUCUGCCUUUCUAAAGAUGACCUGAUGGAGGCGCUAACUGAGUACCCUGAUGCCAAAGCCUUGCUGGAGGAGAAGGGGAGACAGAUCCUAAUGAAGGACGGUCUGCUGGAUCUGGAGGUUGCGGCACAGGGUCCUGACCCUAAGGAGAUGGAGGAGAAGGUAGACCGAAUGACUUGCACCCUCGACGUACUGCAGACACGUUACGCUCGUCUUUUGGCGGAACACGAAGCCACUCACAGCAAGCUCAAGCAUCGCAUCAACAAACUGGAAAGGAAGUUACCGCCGCCCCACCCUGUCCAGCCAGACCAUGCGCCAACCCCAACACCUGAAACACAGCCCAGCAAAUGACAAACAUGUUGUUGAUGUCUGUUAUAGUAUGUAUCUACAAAGGAGGGCUAGGGACUGUGUGCUAUACCUUUGUUAAGCUAAUUAGUACAAUUUCUAGCAUAUUGCUUCCAACUUCUGUGUGCUACGGAAAACCAUGAUUUGUUGAUUGGAAUGAUUCGAAAUAAAGGUCCUAAACCUGGUG